AGUAUAGAAGAUGAUGAGAUAAGGGUUUAAAGACCCACCUUUCAUUUCCCUCUUUUCGUUCUGGUCGGAGAGAUAGACACCCAUAGCAAUAGCAAUAGCAAUAGCACAAUCACAAACCCAAAACCUCCAUUACAGGAGCUCAGCUCUUCUCUUUAGGGUGAAGAAGCUGAUGAACAAUUAGUAUAGUUACUUACAGAACCAAACCAAAUCGAACCCAAUUCACCAUUGGAGUAACAACAUGACGCCUGUUAUCCCUUCAAGCAGCAUCUCACUUAUCCCAGGGUGCACUUUCAAUACAAGAAACACCAACAGUUCAAUAAGAUGCUAUAAUCUUAAAAGAUCCACCCGAAGAACCCUAUACGCUCAAGAUUGUGUAUUACCUCUCUCAACAUCACUUAAAUUAUUCCCACACAUUCACCAUAAACCAAGAUUCGGGAUAUCAUCAUCAGCCACCGAAGUCGAUGUAGCAGUAGUACAAACCGAUUCCGAUUCCCCUGUUUCCAAUUCCGAUUCCAUCCAAACCCCGGAAACACCAACACCCAUUGACAAAUCAAAACAACGAUCACGACCCGCUAGAAAGAGCGAGAUGCCACCCGUGAAAGAUGAAGAAUUAGUUCCGGGUGCAAGUUUCACGGGUAAAGUAAGAUCGAUUCAACCAUUUGGAGCUUUUAUCGACUUCGGUGCAUUCACAGAUGGACUUGUACACGUGUCAAGGUUAAGUGAUGGGUAUGUGAAAGAUGUUGCAAACGUGGUGUCAGUAGGUCAAGAAGUGAAGGUGAAAUUGGUGGAAGCAAACAUUGAAACAGGUCGAAUCGCUUUAACAAUGCGGGAAAACGAGCCUGUGAGUGGUGGUGAAUCGUCUCGACCUAAAAGAAGUCAAAGUCAAAAUCAAAAGUCAAACCAGAGGAGUAACGAAGGAAGAAAGUCAACAAAGUUUUCGAAGGGUCAAGAUCUUGAAGGAACAGUGAAGAAUUUGACAAGAUCGGGUGCUUUUAUAAACCUUCCGGAAGGUGAAGAAGGGUUUUUGCCAGCUUCUGAAGAGGCUGAUGAAGGGUUUGGGAGUAUAAUGGGUGGUGGGUCUUCGUUGGAAAUUGGUCAAGAAGUCAAAGUUAGGGUUUUGAGGAUUGCAAGAGGACAGGUGACUUUGACUAUGAAGAGAGAUGAAGAUAAUAAAGAAUUGGAUUCAAAGCUUCAAGGGAAGGUUUUCACUGCUACCAAUCCGUUUCUUGUUGCUUUUCGUAAGAAUCAAGAUAUUGCUUCUUUUUUGGAUGAGAGAGAGAAAGUUGAGAUUGAAAGCUCUUCUUCUUUAGUAGUUGAAGAUGAAAAAGUUGAAAAAGAAUCUGUUGAAGAGACUGUUACAAGUGAAGAGCAAGUUGAUGUUUCAGUAAUUGAGGAGAAUGUGAUUGAAGCAUUAGGUGAAGAGAAAGUAGAGAUACCAGAGGAGACAGGUGGCAUCACUAGCUCGAUUGAAGAAGUUGAUGCUGUAAUUGAAGAUGAGAAAGUAGAGAUUCCAGAGGAGAUAAGUAAUGUCACAAGCUCAAUUGAACAAGUAGAUGCCCCUGUAGCUGAAGCUGAGCAAGUAGAGAUACCAGAGGAGACAAGUAGUGUGAGCAGUUCAGUUGAACAAGUUGAUGCCCCUGUAACUGAAGAUGAGCAAGUAGUAGAGAUAAUAGAGGAGGCAUGUAGUAUCACAAGCUCAAUUGAACAAGUUGAUACCCCUGUAACUGAAGAUGAACAAGUAGUAGAGAUUCCAGAGGAAACUAGUAUCACAAGCUCAAUUGAACAAGUUGAUGCACCUGUAACUGAAGAUGAGGAUGUAAAAAUCGAACCUGUUUCUGAAGAAAAUGAUAGCAUUACAAACCAAGUACAAGUAGAAAUACCUCAAGAUUCAGUCGAACAAAUAGACACAGAGGUUCCAGCUGUCACACCAGUUGAGGACACAAAUGACGUAAAUGCCCCUCAACAAGUUGUGGAAAGCAGCACACCUCCCCCCUUGGAAACCACCACUAAAGCAAAAAUAUCACCAGCUCUCGUGAAGCAACUCCGAGACGAAACAGGAGCAGGAAUGAUGGAUUGCAAAAAAGCCCUUUCAGAAACUGAGGGCGAUUUAGUCAAAGCACAAGAAUACCUCCGAAAAAAAGGCCUUUCAACCGCCGACAAGAAGUCAAACAGAGCCACCGCCGAGGGUCGAAUCGGAUCCUACAUCCACGAUUCCCGAAUCGGCGUCCUAAUAGAAGUCAACUGUGAAACCGAUUUCGUCUCACGUGGCGACAUUUUCAAAGAAUUAGUCAACGAUUUAGCAAUGCAAGUGGCUGCGUGUCCACAGGUACAAUAUCUCGUCCCUGAAGACGUUCCCGAAGAUUUGAUUGAAAAAGAGAAAGCAAUUGAAAUGCAAAAGGAAGAUUUGUUGGCGAAACCAGAGCAAUUUAGGGGGAAAAUUGUUGAAGGGAGGAUUAAGAAGAGAGUUGAGGAGCUUGCUUUACUUGAACAAGCGUAUAUUAAAGAUGAUAAAGUUGUGGUCAAAGAUUAUGUAAAGUCAACCAUUGCUACAAUUGGUGAAAAUAUAAGAGUUAAGAGGUUUGUAAGGUUUAACCUUGGUGAAGGUUUGGAAAAAAGAUCGAAUGAUUUUGCUGCAGAAGUUGCUGCCCAAACUACCGCCAAGAAGGCGGCGGACCCCACGGUGGUGGAGCCGCCAGCUGCAGUAACGGAGCCCGUUGUUGAGACUGCUAAAGAGGCGCCAAAAGUAACAAUUUCAGCAUCAUUAGUGAAGCAACUACGCGAAGAAACAGGUGCAGGAAUGAUGGAUUGCAAAAAAGCAUUAUCAGAAACGGAGGGCGAUUUAGUCAAAGCACAAGAAUACCUCCGAAAAAAAGGCCUUUCGACAGCUGAUAAAAAAUCAAGCCGUCUAGCAGCCGAAGGAAGAAUCGGGUCCUACAUUCACGAUUCCCGAAUCGGAGUCCUAAUUGAAGUCAACUGUGAAACCGAUUUUGUUGGAAGAAGUGAAAAAUUCAAAGAAUUAGUGGAUGAUUUAGCAAUGCAAGUUGUCGCGUGUCCUAAAGUGGAGUAUGUGUCUAUUGAAGAUAUACCUGAGGGUAUUGUGGGAAAAGAGAAAGAGAUUGAGAUGCAAAGAGAGGAUAUUUUGUCUAAACCGGAGGGUAUAAGGGGAAAGAUUGUGGAAGGGAGAGUAGCAAAGAGGCUUGGAGAGCUUGCGCUUCUUGAACAACCGUUUUUAAAAGACGAUAGUGUCCUUGUGAAGGAUGUGGUGAAACAAACGGUUGCGGCACUCGGUGAGAAUAUUAAGGUUAGGAGGUUUGUGAGGUUUACACUUGGUGAGUCGAAAUCGGAGGAAGUUGAGUCUUGAGGGGUAUUUUUGGUAAUGUUGUUUUUAGGGAAUUUUAUCCGGGACAAGGGUUUUUAUUCAAACACCGAGUAAUGGUAUAUUGAUAUUUUGUAUCGUGAAAUUGUAACACUUUAUUUUUUGGGUUUAUGUUAAAAUGACUUAUUUCAUUAUGAUCGUUAUUAAUAAAAUGCUGUUAUUUGGCGGGUA